UUAUUUCAAGUGGACACCAGAGAUGGAAGAUGAGUUGCUCCGCUUGCUUGUAGAGGAGGCCAAGAAUGGGAAUAGAAAACGAAAUGCAACAUUUAAAAAGCAUAUAAUACAACAGAAUGUCAUUCCAGUUCUUGAAGCCAAGUUCAGUUGUCAAUUUAAGUAUGAAUAUGUUUACAACAAAUGGAAAAAUUGGAGAAGACGACUAGAACCUGUUGAGACAAUCAUGAAGACAAAUUCUGGAUUUCAUUGGGAUCCCCUGACUCAAAAAUUGACUUGCGCGGAGGAGACAUGGCAGAAUAUCCUGCAGGCCAAUCCGAAUACACCUCAUCUGAAAGGCAAAGUAUUCGAGAAAUUUGAAGAUUACAAAAUGGUUGUGGGUAACGAUGGAGUAUCGGGUAGGCGAGCAGUUGCAUCGAGUGCCCAAGGAGUGGAUGAUGCAAGGUCAGAAGAUAGCAAGGAAGAAGGCGAUCUUCGAGAUGACAUGGUUAGGGGUCCUGGAGUUUCCGCCGAUAAACAUGAAGAUUUAUCAUCUCCAACUAGCACCGAAUCACCCCGACCUAGUCCAACUGAAUCUAUUCCAUCAGUGACCAACGGCGAUGGACGACCAAUUAUCCCCUCGACUACAUCACACGAUAUUAUGUUACGCGAGAUAGCUAAUCAGCUUCAGGACGUGAAUAAGAACCUUAAAGAACUGGUGAUGGAACUGAGAAUGAAAAGAUGUGGGAAUCUACCCUGGGUUGAAGCAGUGACGAACAUGCCCGGGUUCAGAAACGUUGAGAAGUGGAAAAUACUUGGUGAUAACAACAUCAACCAAGAUUUGAAGGAUUAUUUCGUUAUGCUGGAUGAGGAGCAACGUCGCAGGUUUAUGAAUUGGAUGCUCAGUAGAUUCUACUGAAUUGUAUCUAGUAACCCUGUUUGAACUUUUAUCUUGUUCUGAUGGACUUCAGCUUUUAGCUUGUUUUUUUUUUUUUUUUUUUGUUUAAUGUUUGUAAAUACUGUCUUUAUGUGGACUUUUAAUUCAUGUAUAUAGUACUAUUGUUUACAGGAUGCAUUAUACAACCAGCGUAUCUGUAGUUGAAUAUUAAGGAAUAAAUUGAUUC